CCUGCGUGACCACUUGCCCGGGAUACGAUCCUCAAGCUGCGGAUACAAGUUCCAGCCAGAUCCUACCCAAGUUGCUCAGCCGGACAAGGCUCUGUCCACUUUCCCCCAGGAACGGAAUAGCAACAAGAACAACCCAUCAUGGCGGACAGGCACAAUCUGAGCACGGCCCAAAAGGUCGCCGACACGGUCCUCGAGGAGAAGCUGGGCCACAGCGCGCUCUACGAGGCCAAGCAGGCGACUGAUGAUGAGCACGCCCAGACCUUUCUCCAAGCGCUCCGCGAGAACCGCAAAGCCGCUCUCUGGUCCAUCGCCAUCUCCAUGGCCAUCAUUAUGGAGGGCUACGACACCAUCCUGAUCGGAAACUUCAUGGCUUACCCGGAGUUCCAACAGAAGUUUGGCCAGUACUAUCCAGGUCUCAACCGCUGGGAGGUCCCCGCGUCCUGGCAGUCCGGGCUCAACAUGGGCAGUACUGUCGGUGCCAUCUUCGGCGGGUUGAUCAACGGGUAUCUCAUUUCCCGUUUCGGUUACCGCUGGGUGCUCAUUGGUGCCAUGGGUUGUCUGAAUGCCUUCAUCUUUGUCGUCUUCUUCGCCAAGGACAAUGCCAUGCUGCUCGGUGGCCAGAUCCUCUGCGGUCUAUCCUGGGGUGUCUUUGCUACGCUAUGCCCGUCAUAUGCUAGUGAAGUCUGCCCCACAAACCUGCGUGGCUACCUGACGACUUAUGUCAACCUGUGCUGGGCGAUUGGCCAGCUUCUUGCCACUGGUGUCCUCCGCGGCUGCCUGAGCAUCCCAGGCGAGAUGGGCUACAAGGUCCCCUUUGCGAUUCAAUGGCUAUGGCCCCUUCCCCUCAUGAUAGUGGCCUACCUUGCCCCCGAGAGCCCCUGGUACCUCGUACGAGUGGACCGCAUCGAAGACGCGCGUCGGUCCAUUGCCCGGCUGAGCGGCGACAAGACGCAAGAGCAGAUGAACAACCAGUUGGCCAUGAUGAUGCACACGGUCAAGCUGGAGUCGGAGGCGACCAAGGGCGGGUCGUACCUCGACUGCUUCAAGGGGACCAACCUGCGACGCACCGAGAUUGUAUGCUUUACGUUCAUGGGCCAGAUCCUGUCGGGGAGCAGCUUUGCGUACACGCCGACCUACUUCUUCACGAGUGCGGGCAUGCCCACGGUGAGGGCAUUUGACUUGAGCCUUGGUGCCAAGGGGAUGGCGUUCCUCGGGACUUGUCUGUCGUGGUUCCUGAUUACCUAUUUCGGACGGCGGACCAUCUAUGUAUCAGGCAUGGGCGUCCUCGCGCUGCUGCUGUUCCUCGUUGGCGUCUUGAAUGUGUCUGCGGGGCAGAACGCCCUGUGGCCAUCUGGCGGGCUAUGCGUGGCCUGGCUGUUUGUCUACUCGCUGACCAUUGGCCCUCUCGCUUACUCGAUCACUUCUGAGACGUCGUCGGUCCGGCUGCGGCCGCUGUCGGUGGUGCUGGCGCGGGUGGCGUACCAACUGAUCAACAUUGUGUCGCAGGUGCUGUCGCCGUAUAUGGUGAACCCGACGGCGUGGAACUGGAGCGGCAAGACGGGCUUCUUCUGGGCGGGCACGGCGGCGUGCAUGUUUGUGUGGGCGUACUUCCGGCUGCCCGAGAUCAAGGGCCGCACCUACGAGGAGCUGGACAUACUGUUUGAGAACCGCGUGCCGGCACGCAAGUUUGCGAGCACGCACGUGGAUGCGUAUGCGUCGAGUGCGGCGCUGGCGCCGGGGGUGGGCGAGCGCGAUGUGCACACGGCGACUUACAAGGAGUGAAGGCAGGGAGCAAAGGAUGAUGAUGAUGACGACGAUGAUGAUGUAUCAUGGAUGCGGUCGAGGCGACGGAAGGCUACUCAGCGGCCUCAGGCCAAGAUUUGUGUGUAUAAGUGCUGGC